AUGGGGAAGGAGGGUAGUAGUGUAAAUGCAAAUAGGAGGGGAAGAAAGCAUGUUAGGUAUAUAGGUGUGAGAAAGAGGAAGUGGGGACUGUGGGUAUCAGAAAUCAGAGAGCCGAGGAAGGAGAAGAGGAUAUGGCUGGGCUCGUUCCCCACACCGGAGAUGGCAGCUCGUGCUCAUGAUGCAGCUGCAUUUGCCUUAAGAGGCCACUCAGCUAAAUUCAAUUUCCCUGAGUUAACUCAUUCGCUUCCUUGCCCUGCAACUUCUUCUGCAGAAGACAUUCAGGCGGUUGCAGUCGAAGCUGCAUACUCUUAUUCUCAACAACCAGUGUAUUCCAACACCAAUAGUGAUUAUAAUAACAAUGGUUUUCUUGACGCAGAGGUGUUUCCACAAAAUCAUUCUGAAUCGACUAAUAUAGCAGUAACUCAAAAGGAAAAGAAUGUGAUGGUGGAUUCAUGGCUAGAUUGGCCAAGCAUGCUGAUGAACAUUGCAGAUGGAGUGCUGAUCGGAUCUUCUCUUGUCUCUGAUAAUCGAAUCACUGGAGAAGAUGAUCGAGAUGACCAGUUUAUAUCUCUUUGGGAUUUCACUUAG